AUGAAGGGAUAUUUAAUUUUCGCUUUUUUCUUAAUCCUUACCAUCGGUACGGAGUUGGCAUUUGGCGAUUGCCUUUCUGGAAGAUAUGGAGGCCCUUGCGCAAUAUGGGACAACGACACUUGUCGUAGAGUAUGUCAUGAAGAAGGAAUCGGUGGUGGACAUUGCAGUGCUAGUCUGAAAUGUUGGUGCGAAGGAUGUUAA